AUGAGGAACAAGAAGAUCGAGAGCGUAGACACGCAGGCCAGCCAGGAUGACUACACGAUCCUCUCGAUCGCCUACCACAACGUGGGCUUGGAGCGGGAGCACAUGCAACAGUGGGAUCAGGCAACCAUCGCCUUUAGAACGGGCUACGAAGUGGCAAAGCGCUUUCUAGGCGAGAGCCAUGCCCUGACUGUCACGCUGCUCAACAACUCCAACGCCGUGCUGAAGAAGUCGAAGGACUUGCAGGAGCAGCCAGGCUGCACCGGGCCGAAGGCACGGAGCUUCCAGGCGCCCCCGGAAAGCCCCAGCACGGAGGAAAAGCCCGCCUUAGAAGGCUCAUUGGGCUCCGUGACGCUGCCGCCCCUCGUGCCCAAGGACAAGGCGCCCAGCAAGCGCGGUACCGUUGAUGCCGCCGACUUCCUCAAGAAUGAGGAGAUGCUGUGGGCCAACUUUGCGGCGAAGACCCUCCAUAGUGCCGGGCCGGCCAUCGAAGAUGACUUGCCCAAAGAGGCAGAGGAGGAGGAUCUGCUGGACAACGACGAUUCCAUGGCCCGGCAUCCCCUGAACAAGGCGGCCCUGGUCUCCAUGCAGGACCUGGGUCUUAUCCUCCCGACAGCCUACGACCAGGGGCUUUUCCGCUUUCAGGAGAAUCGAGGAAUGAACACCAACCACAACGUUCUCGCACAGGCGAUGAACGACCAUCCCAAGGCCCUCAUGGACAUCAUCGAUGCGGAGGUGGAUUGCGAGCCGUCCAUGUCGGCCCCAAACGACUUCCGGCCCAAUCGUGCCAUGAAGCGGUCGACGCGCACGGCGAAGGUCGUGAGGCGGACCGGUGUCUUCAAUUCCACGACAUUCCGCGAUAAGGUGAUGAAGGAUCGGCUGAGGCUGGAGCAGGGGGGAAAGACGGCCACUCCACAGGAGCAGAAUGCCGCAGCCUCCAUCAUUCAGAUCACUUGGCGCAACUGGCACAAGUACCUGCAGGAGAACUCAGAGUGGAUCACCGUCACCUGGAUCUGUGAUGUGGCAGCCGAGCGCGAGUGGAUUCCGUAG